CCCUCCCCAGGGCGCAGCUCUCCCCCCCCCGCCCCAUGGCCCGGUGCCGUUUGUCCCGCAGGGCGGCACCCCGACCCCCUUCGACAGGAAUUUCGGCACGAAGAUGGGCGCCAAGGCGGUGGCCUGGAUCACCGGGAAGAUCAAGGAGUGCUCCCGGCACGGUCGCAUCUUCGCCAACACGGCCGACUCGGCGUGCCUGCUGGGCAUGCGCAAGCGCAGCCUGGUCUUCCAGCCCGUCACCGAGCUCAAGGAGCAGACGGACUUCGAGCACCGCAUCCCCAAGGAGCAGUGGUGGCUGAAGCUGCGCCCCAUCCUGAAGAUCCUGGCCAAGUACAACAUCGAGCUGGACACCUCGGAGAAGGCGCACCUGGAGCACGUCCGGCAGAAGCGGAUCUCCCUCGAGUCCAACAUCUGAGGGGCGACCGGCGGCGCGGCGCCGGGGACCCUCGCGCUGCUUUCCCGCGGCUGGGGGCGUCCUCGGGGUAAAUUCGGGCCGGGUCAGACCCAGCGGGGC